GAGGAUGUUGUCCUACUUGUACCUGACACCGACACAUGGCGGCGCCGCCAACUUGGACCUGCUACAAAGAGCAUCAAGAGGGCGGAGCAUGACACACUUCCUCAGCAACGACUGGGGGCGGGUACGAACUGAAAUGUGUGUGCGUGUGUGUGGACAUGUAACUUUGAUGGCACAGGCGACGCUAAUUUGGCGACAAAUGACAGAAAAAUGGCCGACGGGGAAAAGAAACCCGUCGCCACUUUUGGUUCUCCAGCAGCUGAUCUGGGGGUCUUUGGGAAGGGCAAAGGUCACAUUCUCAUCUUGCUAUGCCCCUUUUUGUGAGUCACCUGCCAGAAGAACUUUUCUAGGUCGUGACUAGUCCAGAUUUUGGUGCUAGACCUGAUCUGAUCGCCGUCGUAGAGUGAAGAAGCAAUGCGACCUGGUUCUGGAACAAACAUUGAGGGUGGAACCAACGCCAAGGAUUCAAACGAGAACACCCCCCCCCCCCCCCCACCACCACCACCACCACCAGGGCUUUUGGCGGGAAAGUGUGUCAGCUAGCUGAAUAUCGAGUAUCCUUACAGUCCAUUUGAUGCAGGUGUUCCUAUCAAAAUGGCCAGGAAAUCCUGUCACGUGACAUGUUGUCUUUAGUCUUUCUUGUCUGACCUUUGAUCUUGGCAUUAGCAGGAAUGUGCGAGGCAGAGGGAGCUAAUUCCCUGCAGCCAAUCCAGUCUGCCACGGAAGCUGUUGAGGGCGGAGCCAAAGCAGAGUGAAGAAUAAAAAAAGGUGCAAGCGGAGCGAAGACGAUAGAGAAAGGAAGGAGGCAAGCAGUAAUGUUCAUGCAGGAAGUAAUUUGUCCACUAAUCAGCAGGAUGACGACAACGUCCCAUCAUGAGGCUUACUGGACGACCUUUAACCUCUGCGCGUGUGCUGUGCCGGGGUGCAGCUGCCCUCGGUAUAAUGCAAGUUUUGAUGUGAGGUCAUGUGACUGCGGGCACAGCUGGGCGACACAUGCCGUACGGAAGUUCCACCCCCUCCCUCCCUGCAGCAGCGGCCCCGUAGAGGCAGUCCUUCCUGGACCGGUUUUGGACCUGAGUUCCCUGGUCCUGUACGGCGCUCAGGCACUUCCUGUGCGACUGAAGAUCCUGUUGGACCGCCUCUACAGUGUGCUGUCGCCACAGCAGGUAGCUCACAUCCUGCGCUCGCUGGGCUGGACUUUGGCCGAUUACGUCCGCGGGUACAAGAUGCAGCGAAGUGACGGGAAGGCGCUGGAGCGAUGGUGUAUGAUGAGCCCCGAAGAAGAAACGCUACUCCUCAAAGAGUUCCUCCGCUUUGGCGAAACGCGACCCGUCGUUGAGUUCAUGGUGGCUGUCCAACACCCCCUCCCCAAGACACGACCCGAGGGGCAGGUGGAGGACGGCUUCUCCCUCCACAGGCCCAGCCUUCCUACUCUGGUGGGCGGAGCCAGAUGGGAUCAAGACACGACAGAUCCUGAGCGUGACCUCCUGAGGGGCGGGAACAAGCAGGAGAAUGCCUCUUCAAUCAUUCCGCCCGCUAACUCUUUUUCUUCUUCACUGAAUCCUUGCAAAACCUCCUUGUCGUCUUUGCGUCCUCUGCCGUCCUUCUCCUCGGCCUUCCGUGAUCUUGCUGCAUCCCCUUCCUCCUGCCAUCUCGUUCCCAAGGGGCGGGUCUUGUGUGGCGUCUGCGGAAAAAGUUUCUACGACAGAGGAACGUUGAAGAUCCACUACAACGCCGUCCACCUGAAGCUCAAACAUGGCUGCACCGUGGCGGGCUGCACAAUGGUCUUCAGCUCGCUCCGCAGUCGAAACCGACACAGCGCCAACCCCAACCCACGUCUCCACCGCGCCGCCGCCAAAGAUGUCCGAGACAACUCCGCCCUCAGGUCCCACCGUGUGUCCUUGUCUGGGGCCCCUCAUCACAGCACAGUAACAACCAGCCACUCAGACCCCCCACGGGAGAAUACGGUCGAAGAAGAGCCCGCUAGCCUGUCGACCAAUCAGCAGCGGCCCUGGGAAUCAGCUGACAACCUGCCCAAAAAGAAGCCCAGAAAGUCCAGCAUGCCGCUAAAAGUUGAGUGUUGGACAUUUCAAUAAACGAUGCCUUGUUGUGUAAAGAUAACGUCAAUGGCGCCGACUAUUUGACAAUUGUUAAUUUUACAACCUAUUUAAAUGUACAUUAUGUACUUCUCACUUUAAUGUCUUUCUGUCAACUAGUGGGCGGGUUCAUGAUGUUUUAUAAUUAUUUUCUACGUUCAUUCACAAAUAUGUGUGUGUUGUAUUAUUACACUGUUGACGUUGUUGUUGUUUACAACCUCAGAAAAUAAGAUCUUGGACACAGGAGGACUUUGAAGGAUUACUAUUAGAGUUGGCUGGUUUUGCUUUCCUUUACUUAAUUUACAAUAUUGCCUUCAUUUUGAUCAAAAAAAGGGAAUGACUUGUACAAAACCCAAAACCAGUGAAGUUGGCACGUUGUGUAAAUCAUAAAUAAAAACAGAAUACAAA